AUGCCUGAGACUUUGACUAUGGACCAUGAGAAGGCCUCGGAGCCACCACAGGGGUUCUUCGACAGAUCCACAUCCGCUCCUAACUUGUCUUCCAUCGAAGAGUACAACAAGAUGUACAAACAAUCUAUUGAGGACCCUUCCACGUUUUUUGGGGACCAGGCGAAGCAGCUUUUGCACUGGGACCGUCCGUUCGACUUUGCUCGUUACCCUGUUGACCCAAAGAAUGAUUUCAAAGGGGGUGAUUUGCCCGCUUGGUUUGUUGGAGGUCAAUUGAAUGCUGCCUACAACGCAGUCGACCGUUGGGCCAUUGAGACACCAGACAAGCCUGCCAUUAUUUAUGAAGGUGAUGAGCCAAACACUGGAAGAAUCAUCACAUACGCGGAGUUGCUCAAGGAUGUCUGCAAGUUGGCCCAGGCAUUGACCAAAUUGGGAGUCAAGAAAGGGGACACUGUUGCAGUGUACUUGCCUAUGAUUCCUGAAGCUUUGGUCACCUUGUUGGCUAUUGUGCGUAUUGGAGCAGUUCACUCUGUUGUCUUUGCCGGCUUCUCCUCCACGUCUUUGAGAGACCGUAUUGUUGACGCCGACUCAAGAAUCGUUAUCACUGCUGACGAGUCCAAGAGAGGCGGAAAAACUAUUGAGACUAAGAAGAUCGUUGAUGAGGCUUUGAAGGAUUUGACUCAUGUCCGUAAUGUGCUCGUUUUCAAGAGGACCGAAAACUCGCAUGUUCCUUUCAACCCAAAGAGAGACUUGUGGUGGCACGAGGAGUUGGCCAAGUACGGCAACUAUUUUCCACCCACUCCAAUCAACUCGGAGGAUCCUUUGUUCUUGUUGUACACUUCUGGAUCCACAGGCAAGCCGAAGGGAGUGCAGCACAAUGCCGCCGGAUACUUGCUUGGUGCCAUGUUGACCACCAAAUAUACAUUUGAUGUUCAUCAAGAUGAUGUUUUCUUCACUGCAGGUGACAUUGGGUGGAUUACAGGCCACACUUAUGUCGUAUAUGGUCCUCUUCUCAAUGGUGCCACCACUGUUGUUUUUGAAGGUACGCCAGCUUACCCAGACUACUCUCGUUACUGGCAAAUUGUUGACGAGUACAAGGUUACCCAAUUCUAUGUGGCACCAACUGCGUUGCGCUUGUUGAAAAGGGCUGGUACCUCCUAUAUCAAGGAUUACAAGUUGGACUCAUUGCGUGUUCUUGGCUCUGUUGGCGAGCCUAUCGCUGCUGAAGUUUGGCAUUGGUACAAUGACAAUAUCGGCCGCGGGAAGGCGCAUAUUGUUGACACUUAUUGGCAGACUGAGUCCGGUUCCCACUUGUUGACUCCACUUGCUGGUGUGACCGCAACCAAGCCAGGUUCAGCUUCUUUCCCAUUCUUCGGUAUCGAUGCGCACAUUUUGGACCCAGUAACCGGUGAGGAAUUGAAGGAGAAAGGUGCUGAAGGUGUCUUGGCCAUCAAGAACUCCUGGCCAUCGAUUACCCGUGGUAUUUUCAAUGACUACAGUCGUUUCAUCGAUACUUACCUUGGAGCUUACGAAGGCUAUUACUUUACUGGUGAUGGUGCUGCCCGCGACAAAGAUGGUUACUUCUGGAUCUUGGGCCGUGUGGAUGAUGUUGUGAAUGUUUCUGGUCACAGACUUUCCACUGCCGAGAUCGAGGCCGCCUUGAUUGAGCACGAGUUGGUGGGCGAGAGUGCGGUUGUUGGAUUUGCCGAUGACUUGACUGGUCAAGCCGUUGCUGCUUACGUUUCCUUGAAAGGAAACUUUAAGACCGACGAUGCAGCUACUGUAGAUGCGUUGAAGAAGGAGUUGAUCCUCACGGUCAGAAAGGAGAUCGGACCCUUCGCGUCGCCCAAGUUGAUUUUGCUCGUGGACGAUUUGCCCAAGACCAGAUCUGGUAAGAUCAUGAGAAGAAUUUUGCGGAAAGUGUUGGCAGGAGAAGAAGACCAGUUGGGCGACAUCUCCACAUUGUCCAACCCAGGUGUCGUUCUGCAGAUCAUCGACGUCGUGAAGGCAUCGAGAAAGUAG